GAGGCUUAUAAAUUAUGGAUCAUUUGAGAAUUACGACCGCUAAUUUCCAAUGUCGGACUGCAUGGAAUGCAGCACGAGAUGACGCGAGAGCGACUCUAGACUGAUUGUUUUGAAAACCGAAUGGGGCAAAGCGAGGGAGCCAGGGGUCAUGGGGAGAGGAGACACAUGAUGAAACAGACAUGUUUUCCCGCCAUUGGAGGUUUGGUGCUGUCAGGUUCACCGAUGUGGACCUCUUUGCAGACGGUUCAGAGUCCGGUGCAGAGACUCUUUCCCAGGCUAUCAGAACCGCUGCCUCCGAGCAGCCGGACGCAGAUGGCAGCGUGCUAUUUGGCCAGCUGCGGGGCACUGUGGUUGGGCUCAGAUAUUACUCUGGUGUGGUAAACCGUGGGGAGAUGGUGAGUUUGGUACGGGAGCCGCAAAAUCCGUACGACCGGAAUGCGGUGAUGGUCACCAACGUUUUAGGCCGACAGGUGGGACACAUUAAGAAGGAGCUGGCUGCAGCCAUGGCAUAUGUUAUGGAUAAAAACCUGGCCAAAGUAGAGGGGGUGGUUUACUCAGGGACCAACAACACCUUCUCCAUGCCGGUUACACUUUCAUUCCUGGGGAGCGAAGAGAACAAGGAUGCUGUGAUGAAGUACAUGGCGAGUCGAGGGUACAAACUGGACACAGAAGGAGGUGCAAUGGGGAAAGCUUCUGGCUCUGCUGGCGCUCGCUCGUUUUCCUUCAAGAAAGGUGUGACCAUCCCGCUAACUGCAGAUGAGCUGAAGAAUGCAUUUGACAAUUUAUUUGAGGGUUUGAUGGAGAGCAAAGAUGGGGAGAAAGAGGCAGCUGAGGCUGUGGUCACUCCACUGCUGCCCCACCAAAAGCAGGCCCUGUCCUGGAUGUGCGCUCGGGAAAAUAAAGACACACUGCCACCUUUCUGGGAGAAGCGAGGCGAGCUUUACUACAACAGCCUCACGUGUUUCUCUGCUAAAGAAUUACCAGAGAGGGUUCGGGGGGGAAUACUGGCUGAUGACAUGGGACUGGGUAAAACUCUGACAACCAUCGCUCUGAUCCUCACUAACUUCCACAAAGGAAAACCUUUGCCUGUUGAGAAAUGUGACGGGCCAUCUAAGCCUAUUAAAGCUAAACGUAAGCUACUGGAAGGCUCUAAACUGGAAGAGAGCAGAGAUACAGCUAGUGCAGCAGGGGGAAUUUCACUCUGCUCAGAAAUUCCAGAGAAAGAUGUGGUUUGUGUUGAUCAAGCAGAUGUGGUGCUGAUAGAAGAUGAGCCACAGAAAAGUACAGGCAAAGGGAAGCAUAAACCCUCUAAACGGAAAACCAGUAAAGAUGGUUCAGCGUUGUUUGAAGACCUGGACUUUGCGGCGGCCCUGAGUGGCUCAGCAUCAGACACAGGCCCAAAGAAGAAGAAAACAGCUAAGAAGAGCAAACUUAAACAGAGUGUGGAAGUUCCCAUCUCUGAAUAUACAGAUGAUUUCUCAGCGAGGGCAACUCUUAUCAUCUGUCCUCUCUCUGUGCUCAGCAACUGGUUGGACCAGUUAGAGCAACACUUGCAGCACAACGUGAAGCCCAACAUCUAUCUGUACUACGGUUCCGAGCGCAACAGGAGCGAGUCAUUUCUGUCCUCUCAGGAUGUGGUGAUCACCACCUACAAUGUCCUCUCUAGCGAGUUUGGAAAUAAGAGUCCUUUGCAUGGGGUCGACUGGCUGAGGGUGGUUCUGGAUGAAGGACACAUCAUCAGAAACCCAAACGCACAGAUGAGCAAGGCUGUGCUGGAACUGAAAGCUCAGAGACGCUGGAUACUUUCAGGUACUCCGGUCCAGAACAGUGUGAAGGACCUGUGGAUGCUGCUCGCCUUCCUGCGGCUGAAGCCCUUCGAUGUGAGGGAGUGGUGGAACAGAGUAAUCCAGAGACCGGUCACACUGGGAGAUAGGGUCGGCCUGCAAAACCUUCAGAAUCUGGUGAAGUGCAUCACGCUGAGACGGACCAAAAACAGCAAGGUGAACGGGCAGCACCUGGUGUCGCUGCCUAAGAAGACUGUUUACGUGGAGCAGGUGGAGCUCAGCCAGCAGGAGAGGGAGGAGUACGAGCUGGCUCCCAAAGAGGGACGCCGCACAAUCGGCAGAUAUGUAGACGAAGGGUCUGUGUUGAAGAAUUAUGCUGACGUCCUCGCCAUCUUGACGAGGCUCAGACAAUACUGCUGCCAUCCUGAUCUGCUUGGGAAAAUAUCCGCAGAAUUCGCCGCCGCGGACAAUCCAGCAGAUCUGCGGCAGCGGCUGAUAGAAAGACUGCGGCUGGUGUUAGCCAGUGGCUCUGACGAGGAGUGCUCUGUGUGUCUGGACUCCCUCCGUCUACCCGUCAUCACUCACUGCGCCCACGUUUACUGCCGGCCCUGCAUCGCUCAGGUCAUCAGCGGUGAGCAGAAGGCCCGGUGUCCUCUCUGUCGAAGUGAUAUUAAGGCCAGUGAGCUGGUGGAGUUUCCGCCAGAGAAAACAGAAGAUGAGACGAGUAUGAACUCUGACAGCUGGAGGACAAGUUCAAAGGUUCAGGCGCUGAUGGGAAACCUGUUCAGGCUGCGGUCCGAAGACAGCAACACCAAAUGCCUGGUUGUGUCUCAGUUUACACGCUUCCUCACCAUCCUUCAGACCCCACUCAGAGAACACGGCUUCAGUUUUGUACGUCUGGACGGCACAAUGAGCCAGAAGAAGAGAACUCAGAUCAUCCAGGAGUUUCAGAGCUCUGCGGCAGACAGUCCUAAAGUCAUGUUGCUGUCGCUCAAAGCCGGAGGGGUCGGGCUUAACCUGACUGCAGCCUCUCAUGUUUUCCUCAUGGAUCCUGCCUGGAACCCUGCUACUGAAGAGCAGUGUAUCGAUCGUUGCCACCGUAUAGGCCAGAAGAGAAACGUUGUCGUAACCAAGUUCAUUGUGAAGGACUCGGUGGAGGAGAACAUGGUGAAGAUCCAAAAGAAGAAGCAAGACCUGGUGGAGAAGACGUUCGGCUUGGCCAACAUGGACAGGAAAACCUCUCGGAUCGACGACAUCAGAGCUCUGUUGGAGAUGUAGACGUUCAGCUGAUUAAGGAUAUCUGUACUUAUUUCAUGUGCUGAACUGGUACGCUUUCCUUUUGUUUCAGUUUAAAGGGAUUUAGUCUGAGAUUUACAAAGAAUUGCACUAAUUUAAAAUAAAAAGGCUUAAGUUUAUACCUUGUUUUGCUUCGGUACCAAAUUAAUUGACCAAGUUUUUCCAACAAAACAUACCUGCUGCAGUCCUAUGGAUUUAUUCUGUUGCAAUAAAGAAACAUUCUCUGAUUUGUUGCUUGA